AUGAAAUGGUCAAGCUUUUUAAGGUUUCUAGGAAUAUCCUCAGGAGUUGGAGAGACGUAUCCAGAUGCAAACUAUGUUGGAACUCUUGACAAGAAAGAAGUAACUAUCUACAACACAUCGCAGCCAACGUAUAGGCUAGUGUACGACCACCAUGUGCAGGGAAUUCGCUUCUUGAAUCUGCAGGCAAUAAAAAAGAACAAAAAACACAUAAAUGCAAUCAUGGUGCUAUCCAAGACAAGCGGAACCGAUAGAUACAAGAUUCUUAUUAAGCCAGGAGACAGGCGUGCAUCCCUCAGCGACAAAACCCAGAAGCUUUUGUGUGUGGUAAAGAGCGACUAUAAGGUUACCGCCUGCAAGGCCGACAGCAGUUCAAGCUCAUACACAAUGGAGUGGAAAAUAACCCCGUUUGUGAAUGGAUACAAAAUUCAGGACGUUGAUACGGAGUCAUGUCUUGUGAGAGAAACAGACAAUGGGAUUCUUAGCAUUGUGUCAUGCAGCAAGUCCACACCAGAGCACCGGUUUGACAUGCUGGAGGUUGCUGACGACCCGUACAAGCAUUUAUAUCUAAGCGGCAGCCAGCUGCUUGCGUAUGAAAUGCAGGGCAGCGGAGGAGCAGGCGGAUCUCUACCAGACUGGAUGAUGAACGGUCUAGCAGGAGGGGGGACUCACGAGUCGCCGAAUAACGAUGGAAGCGGAGGUGGAAAUGGUGGGUGGAAUUCUCCAUACCACCAUGACGGAUACGGCCAGAAUGGAAACCCGAAUGAUCCAAGCAGCAUGCAGCCGUACUACGGAUACAACAGACAUCCAUGGAAUGGGCCAUUUGGUCCGCCUCAUGGUCUAUCUGGCCCAAACAACCAGUAUUGGCCAUCAAACAAUGGAUGUGCUCCCGGAGGAAACAAUGGAGGAUACAACCCAAACGGUAAUGGCGGAUAUGGCCCAGGCAGUAACGGAGGAUAUAGACCAGGUGGACAUAAUGGCGGUUAUAAUCCAAACGGACAUAAUGGCGGGUAUGGACCAGGCGGUAAUGGAGGAUAUAACCCAAAUGGUAAUGGUGGAUAUGGACCAGGCGGUAGUGGAGGAUAUAAUCCAAAUGGCAAUGGCGGGUAUGGACCAGGUGGAAACAAUGGCGGCUACAACCCAAACGGUAAUGGUGGAUAUGGACCAGGCGGUAGUGGAGGAUAUAACCCAAAUGGUAAUGGUGGAUAUGGCGGCUACAAUCCAAAUGGUAACGGAGGAUAUGGCCCUGGCGGACAUAAUGGUGGAUAUGGUCCUGGCGGCAAUGGAGGACAUAAUAAUGGCUAUGGCAAUGGAAAUAACAAUGGUUAUGGCCCUGGCAAUGGCGGUGGUUAUGGCCCUGGCGGGCAUAAUGGCGGAUAUAAUCCGAAUGGUAACGGUAUGGCCGGCAUGUUUAAUAGAAGAAGUGCAGUAAUAGAUCUGCACGAUCUGGGAAAUAAUAUUGGAAUGCUGAAAAACAUAGUAAAAACACUCAAAACAUUUUGCAAUGAAUCUUUUAGCGAUCUUGGCGUCUGUUCUCCAUCUAACAACAUCUCAAACAUGGACCCUGAGCAGCUACGGAAUCUUAUAAAGCAGCACAUGCCGCAAACAAACAGCAUAGAUUAUCCCCAUUCAGACAGAAAUCAUUCACGCAUGCAAGACAGGGACAGUGCACACCAUUAUAAAGAUAUCCAGUAUCGGGAUGGCCAACCAGACUAUCACAGACCGCAUGAAAGGCUUCCCAGAGGUGCACAUCAUGCAGGACAUCCCAUCUAUCCUGCAGAUGAAAGGGACCCACCGCACUAUAGACACACACACCACACCUCUCCAAGGCCCAGAGGACCCUAUAUGUCUGGCCACUACCAAGACGACGACUACGAAGAAAAUAUAAUUCGAGAAAAAAGAAGUGCAGACGGAAGAAGAAGGCCUAGUUUAAAGCGUGAUCGAAAUGGGAAAACCCUAGAGUGCUAUCCCCUGGAUGACUUAGAUGGCAGGCCUGCAAGUGCUCAUAGACAUAUAUCAGACAACUCUGAAGGCAGAAAGCACUAUAGAGAUGAUGACUUUGAGGACAUGUAUGAUGAAAGACACCAUACGAGAAGAGCCCAUGCAGUGCCUACCUACAAACACCACAGACCCCAGUACUACUAA